AUGAAUAUAAUUUUGCAAGCCUAUCAAUUAGUGUUAGAUGACAUAAUGGAUAACGCUAUAACUAGACGAGGACGUCCAUGUUGGUAUCGUCACAAUGAUAUUGGUUUAAUGGCAGUGAACGAUGGUGUUCUCCUCGAACAGGCCAUUUACCAGUUAAUUAAAAAGUACUUCAAGGAAAAGCCUUACUAUACACAUAUUUUGGAGCUGUUCUUUGACGUUACAAUGAAAACUACAAUGGGUCAGUGUCUUGAUAUGUUGAUUGCGAAAAGCUUCAAAUCUACAAAACUCGAAAAAUACACUCUGGAAAAUUAUACAGCUAUUGUGAAAUAUAAGACUGCUUAUUAUUCGUUUUUCCUUCCAGUGUGUCUGGCAAUGCGCAUGACAAAUAUUAAYGACCCAGAAAUCUUUCGACAAGCAAAGACCAUAUUGCUUGAAAUGGGACACUUCUUUCAAGUUCAAGAUGAUUUCUUAGACUGUUAUGGAGAUCCAGAUGUCAUGGGAAAAAUUGGCACAGACAUAGAAGAUGGUAAAUGUUCAUGGUUAGCUGUAGUGGCUUUGCAAAAAGUCAAUGCUGAACAAAAGAAAAUUAUGGAGGAUAAUUAUGGUAUUGAUGAUCCAGCCAAUGUUGCAAUCAUCAAAGAUUUGUAUGCACAGUUGAAAUUGCCUAACACAUUUGAACUUUAYGAAGAAGAAAGUUACAAAUUAAUAUGYACUCAUAUUCAACAGUUGUCACGAGGCUUAUCACAAGAUAUGUUUUUUAAAUUCUUGGAAAAGAUUUACAAAAGAACCCUUUAAUUAAUAAUUUUUAAUAUUUACCAAAAUGCAUYAAUGGGCAUUUACAUACAUAAAAUAAUAUUAUUUAGUUUUAGCUAAUCAGUAAACAAAUUGUUAUUGAUAUUUUUUCAUGUUAAAUUUAAGGGUAAUUUUGUAUAACUUAUUAUUAUUUUUUUAAAU